UCUCCUUUUAUUCUUCUGUAAACAGUUCGCGCGCACGCUAGCCUACCGAGAGCCUCCUCUCAUCCCCAAUCCCCGCCUCCUCUCGUCCUCCCCAAUCUGCCGCCUCCUCUUCUCCUCCUCCCGAAUCCGCCGCCUCCUCUCCUCCUCCCCAAUCUGCCGCCUCCUCUUCUCCUCCUCCUUCCCAAUCCGUUGCCUCAUCUUCUCCUCCCCAAUCCGUUAGCCCUCACCACCAUGAAGCCACAUGGGGGAGGGGACUGCGCCGCCGCUGGAAGAAAAUAGGAAGAGGAGGUGGCGCGGGGGAGACCAGCGGCGACGGCGCAUCGACGUAGGAAGAGGAGGUGGCGCGGAGGAGACCAGCGGCGACGGCGCAUCGACGUGCAUCGACGUGCGCGACAAGGAGGCGAGCCAGAGCGCGGGCUGGUGUCAGCGCUGCGUCGCCUGGGAGCCACCGUGGAGCAGGUGCUCUUCUCCUCCCCAAUCCGUGAGCCGUCACCACCAAGAAGCAACGGGGGGACUGCGCCGCCGCUUACCUCCACCCGCCUCAGCUAUACUUGCAAGUGCAUUUGCUCGUAAGGACCAUUCGAAGGCCAAGGCCACAGCUUACCGCGUACUGCAGCUCGGAUUGAUCUUGGGGCUUCUCCUGGGCCUACUUCUUGGAGUUGGCCUCCGUACAGGUUCUAGAUUAUUUACAGAAGCCCAGGGUGUACUGAAUCAUAUCUACGUGACGACGCCGCUCAUGUUUGUUGCUCUCACUCAAUCAAUCAACGCUUUAGGUUUUGUUUUCGACGGUGUCAAUUAUGGAGCAUCAGAUUUUGCAUAUGCUUCUUAUUCAUUGAUACUUGUGGCUGUUGUCAGCAUCGCUUGCAUUGUCACCCUCGCCAGUUAUAGUGGUUUUGUUGGAAUCUGGAUAGCCUUGUCCAUCUACAUGUGCAUACGCAUGUUUGCAGGAUUAUGGAGGAUUGGGACUCCUAGCAGGACAUGGGCUUUCCUUCGCAGUUGAGCAAGCCGGCAGAUAUGGAGAAGGAGAAUGACCGCUUGGUGGAGCCGGCAGGGAGCAAGCAGGCAGAUAUGGAGAAGCAGAAUUACCCUGACGAGAUGCCUUGCGGCGCUUGGUGGAGCAGGCAGGGAGCAAGCAGGCAGAUAUGGAGAAGGAGAAUGACCCUGACGAGAUGCCUUGCGGCGUGAGGCAGUAGCACACGCAGCGCCAAGUCGAGCGCACUAGCCUACAUCUGUCAAGAUCGAGUGGGAUGACAGCCAGGCUUCUGCUUGCUAAGGUUUUUUGCUGGUCCGCUCGACGCUGCAUCAACAACAAUGUUAGAUAUACUUUAAUUGUAUUGGGUUAUUACUUCUUUGGAUAUAGUCCAUGAACUCCUGUGUUGGUGCAUCCACAUUGCCUAUCUAUGUAUUUUGGGGCUAGCCUAUUAUGCCUACAGUGCUUUUUAUGGAUUUUCCCUUCGGGUCUCAUUAGAAAAUAUAUAUAUACAUUUUUCUUUACUUAUGUUUGUGCUGGUGGUUGGCUUCCUGGCUGAUUGAGUGCUCAUAUACCAUUCGUUGAUAUCCAUGUUUGUAGAGUAUGCCAAUUUUCUUAAUUUCUUAUUGAUUCUCUAUAGUCUGCUUCUCGGGUUAGGGCUUUGAGAAAAAACAUGCAGUAGGUAAUAGUUGUUCCUUGCUAAUGUAUAAAGGAAAGCUAGGUACACAGGUAAUAAAUGUACAUAUAACAAGAAGGGGAUAAAGGAGGAGGAGAAGAAGAAGGUUUUCUGUCGUGGAGGGAAAGGAGAGUUCUGAAUGCGCAAACAAGUAGCGACCAGUGAGAUGUCAUCUACGAAUUGGCUAAGGGAGGAGUUGUCUUGUGCUGCAGGGCAUGUUCCUUUUCAGGUUCAUUAGCUGUUUUAUUGUCCACUUAUGCAUGCAAGUUAAUUAGCUAUCUAAUAAAUUUAACAUGUAGUUUUAGUGUCUGGUAGGUCUUUUGUUUGCUACUCCCUCCGUUCGGAAUUACUUGUCUCAGAAAUGGAUGUAUCUAGAACUAAAAUACAUCUAGAUACAUUCAUUUCUACGACAAGUAAUUCCGAACGGAGGGAGUACCUUAUACCUCUAUUAUUUUUAUUCGGUUGCUUGCCAAUGCAUGCAGAUUGAUUGGUUGUUUUUGUUACUCAUCUAUGCAUGCAAGUUAAUAAUUUAAUCAUCCAGUAGAAACAACCUUAUGCUCUCAGGGUCCACUAGGUCUUUUGUUUCCUGCUCUAUUUGCAGUCUGAAAAGGAGGUGGAUACAAGUUUGGAAUCUGACAUUGUCCCUAUUAGUGCUAAUAGAUGAAAGGCCGCAAAGAAAGAAAUGAUUUCAUUGACCGGAUAUCAUAGGGAAAUCAACAAAGAAGCACCUAAAUAUGCACAAAAGAGUACCACUUUAGCCGAUGGGCAACACAUUAUCACUGGUACAAAACUACCUCGGGUACAUAGAUGAGUUGCAAUGUUGGAGGAUAUAUAUAUCCUCUGCCAUUAAUGGAUGUGUUUGACACUGUGAGAUGGCACGGCUCACUGAUGAGGCAAGUGGCCGAGGUGAGAUCAGGAAGAGACAGCGGCACAAACUUAAUUGACAAGCUCACAGGUUCUCACUCAUCAGAAAUUUAAAGUAUAGCUUCCAACCACCAUACGAAGACUGAUAUGUCACUUUGGUUGGUUGUUUUAUUUUCUCUGUUGUAAAAUAGGAAUGAGAUAUGUGUAUCUAUUUCCGAUGUGUACCAGUCACUCAGUAAGGUCUAACUUCUUGAAUGAUUUGCAUUAUUGGAUACAUAGAUGUAUUGACAUCUUCUGUUCUUGAA